AGCACGAGCGAGCGAGCCCGCGUGACCAGGCAGAAGAAGAACAGCUCGGGAUCGCGAGGCCACGUACUAGCACAGCCGAGAGAUCAGCAUCAAAACCGAGAGGACGCCUAAGAAAAGACCGACGUCUGAGAAGACAGCGCAGGAGAAAAAGGUCUAAAGCUCUGGCAACCAGUGGCUCCAGCGAGAACGCCAAGGCAUUGCGAGCGCUAGAGGCUUAAGCAGUGAGCGUAUUCCAUCGAGUAUGGACACCAAGUCCAACCCACCUGGCCCUCCGGUAACUUCGAGCCAAGGAUCACUGCAAGGCAGAACGUCUGGUGAAACGGGAAAUAGCGAAAGGGCGGCGCCAGUCCGCUCGGUGUCAGCGGUGUCUCUUCCGCUUUCACCGUCUGCAAACAAUGCAGUGUCGCCAGUGUCGCCGAACAGCAACCUGCCUCGACCUUCGGCAAAACGAGACUCCGCAAUUCAGUCGCCUGGAGCACCUCCAAAUCCAGCAGCUGAACGCAAGUCACCGAUAGGGCCCAGAGAGCAACCAAAGGACUUCGCUGACACCGCCACCCUUACUGCAGCGACCACAAGGCAGAGUCGGACUCGGCGACACCGGCGACACUCCUCGCAUACGUCGUCAAGCCGAGGUCCGCACCAGCAGACCGACGUGGUAGCAAAUCGGGAGAAUCAUCACGGGAAGCGGUGCAAACCUAAAGUAGCUGGCGUGGCAGGAUGUCACAGCGAUGACGAGCGGAUGCUCAGCCACGAGCUGCUGUCUUCUCCAGCCAUCGGCAAUGAACGGCAGCCGAAGGCACCAUCACGGGAAAGCAACCUCGAAAUAAAAGAGAGCAAGGUUGCCGACGAAUUCACUCGAGCGGAACAAAAUUCGCUCCAGCGGAGAAGCGAGAGCGCAGACGAAGGACCUCGCGUUGUCUCUUCAAGCUGGGCGGCCACAUCAGAGAACGCGCGCUGUGACGAAUCUAGCAGAACUAAGGAGGAUGGCAGCCAAACCGGAACCACUGCGAGCCAUGGGAGGACGCUCGUCGGGACUACCGCCAGUAGUGGUGCCGAUGAACCUGCAGGAUGGAAUACUGUCGGGAAUCCUGGAGGCGGAACAGAAGGCGGUGCUGUCCGCGGAGUAGAGCGCAAGAAACCUACCGGAGUGAACAUCAUAUCACCACAUGCACAAGCGAGGAAUGUCAGGCAGACGGCGCGUGAAAGCGGUGCAGCGCUGACAUCUAGCCACAUGACUUGGACCCAAAAAACGUCAAUGACUGGCCAUAGUCGCACGCGAAAGUCGAGCGACAUACGUUCUGCGUACACGCUUUCAACGCUUAAGGACUUGGCGACCACACUCAGGACCGAUUCGCAGGCGCCAGGAACGUCCCAGCAAUCGCUGACGACGCAAAACCUGCGGUACGUCGUCGUGGGGAUGGCGGGCAUCGCUGUCCUGUUCACGUUCGUAGUGUCGCUGCUCCUGUGGAUUAUCGGUAGCGUGGCCGUGUCUAGAGCUUCCCGCCUCUGCUCUACGCCUGCCUGUGGCGAACUCGCGGCCGCUUUUGAGAACGUGCUCAACUACAGCGUCGACCCCUGCGAAGACAUGCACGCUUUCGUCUGCUCCAAGGGGAUCCACCGUAGCUCCCGCACUGGCCGCGGUUCUCUGAGCCUGGUGGCGAACGUCUUCAAGCAGUACGAGCUGCAGAUGGUUAAGAUGUUCUUGGAGGGACAGACCUACCUUCACGGCGUCCGCCAUUGUAGCCGAUUUUCUCCGGGAAUGCGCGGGGACCUUCAAGACACCGCCGUCCGUCGACAAGUUCAUCAACUUUUUCGGCUUCGUUGCUGUUCCGUGGCCUUUCGGUGCCCCGUACGGCAACGAGCAGCAUCCCCUGGAGUCCGUCUUGACGCUCACUCUCACCUAUGGCAUCAACACCUGGUUCCGCGCCUAUGUCCGCACGGCCAGGAGGCGAGCGUCCGAUUCCAACUCGAGUGUCAAGCCGGCCUUGUUCAUUCAGGCGAGUACAGGGCCGCUGCAUCAGCUUCGUUUUGGCUCGACUUCGUGCGGACCGUCGAAGCAGUGGGCGGCCGAGAGAAGUACCACGAGCUGUUCCUCGCGCGCUACAAUGCCUCGUUACCCGACCACGGGAUCGUCGCGAAGCGCCUGGCCAUCGAGAAGGACAUCCUCUCCACCCUGGACGAAGCGAGGUUUCCCAGAGCCCGCCUGCAGCCCGUGGUAGCCAGCCUGGCCAAGAUAGCUGCCGGCAUCCCAAACACGCAUUUGGGCAACUGGAUAGACCCGGUCGUAAGUGCGCCCGGCGGCUCUGGCACGGGCAAGUCAACGCUGGUGGUCGUACGGGAUGUGCACAUCCUGCACGCCGUCGGCCGGCUUCUCACCACUUAUAGCGUGGAGGAGUUGAUGCGGCACCUGUCAUGGUGGCUGGUACAGAUUCUCACAGUGAUCGGCUGGCCCGACGGCUACGUCGUCAUCGCUGGCAGCCAGGAGAUCGCUCGCAGUGAGGUGAAGGUGGAAUGCUACCGGAUGAUGGCCAGCAGUUUUGCUCUGCUACUCGCCUCCGAGAGCUCCACGAUGCUAUUUACGCCCGACUCACGGCUCGAGAUACAGCAGUUCUUCUUGGACUUGGUCGACUUCAUGAAAGAGCUCGCCAGCCGGGUGCCCUGGCUCAGCGACAAGGACAAGACCAGGUUCGCUAAGACGCUGGGGGACCUACAGACCGUCGUGUGGCCACCGGACGUGGAGACCUCCAACGAGACGCUGUGGCUUUUGUACGAGAGUUUCUGCACCUCCUGCGGGCACCGCAGCGAGUCCGGUGCCACGCCGCAUGUGGGUCUCAUCGAGUUCUGGUUGUACGUCACCACCCGCUUGUGGCAUGUGUCCAUCGAGCAGAUUGAGCGCAUGCAGUUGCUCUGGCAGUGGGACCAGCUCGAGCUCCUGCACUACGAUCCGUGGUUCAACCAACUGCGAGUCUCUCACGCGGCUCUGCGCAGCCCCAUAUACCAACCGAGCAGCCCAGAGUUGCGUAAGGCCAACUUCGGCGCCCUCGGAACGUUCUUUUUCCUCUACCUGCUUCAGAUGUUCGAGGUGCCGGUGAGUGCGCGCACAGGCCGCCGGGCUUGA